CAUCGCUUCAUUUGAAUGCGGAAGAGUUGCUUAUCGCGCGCAUGCGCGCUGUGCCGUUGCAUUGAACAAUGCAGCAAACCUCACUGCGCAGGUGCGCGGCUGCAGGGCAUGCGGCUAUUUUUAGAAAAUGACGUCAUCGUGAAAUACAGCGAGUGCGCGCGCCCACCUCCAUCUCCCCCUCCACCCUGUUCGCUGGGAUUGACAGGACGCUUGCGGCACCAGCAGCACCCCGAAAGACGAAAGAAAAAAAAGAAGCGGGCGAAACUUGGAGGAUAUAGAGGGCUGGGAGGGGAAAUAAAGCGUUACAAAAAUAUAUAGACAUACAGAAAAAUACAAACCUGCACCUUCAACCUUUGGCUCGCCGUUCCACCCUCACGUGCGCGGCUGCUCCAGGUUCUGCUCGCGCGCUCUCUCACAGCCGAGUGUGUUCUGCUGAGAAACGACCGAGCCCGGUGCGAACCGACAGCCUUUGACCAGAGAGGAUGGCUGAUAGGGAACAACUGAUCCAAAGAGCCCGUCUGGCGGAGCAGGCGGAGCGCUACGAUGAUAUGGCCUCCGCGAUGAAGCUGGUCACAGAACUGAAUGAGCCGUUGUCCAACGAAGACCGCAACCUGCUCUCUGUGGCCUACAAGAACGUUGUUGGGGCCCGGCGGUCAUCUUGGCGAGUCGUUUCUAGCAUAGAGCAGAAGACGGCGGCGGAUGGCAACGAGAAGAAAUUGGAACUGGUGCGUGUUUACCGAGAGACCAUCGAGAAGGAGCUGGAGUCAGUGUGCCAAGACGUUCUCACCCUGCUGGACCAGUACCUCAUCAAGAACUGUGACGAAACCCAGCUGGAGAGCAAGGUCUUCUACCUGAAGAUGAAGGGCGACUACUACCGGUACCUGGCCGAGGUGGCCACCGGCGAAAAGAGGGCCUCUGCCGUCGAAUCGUCCGAAGGCGCCUACAAAGAGGCUUUCGAUAUUAGCAAGAGCAUGCCGGCCACCCAUCCCAUCCGCCUCGGCCUGGCACUCAACUUUUCCGUCUUCUACUACGAGAUCCAAAACGCGCCCGAGCAGGCCUGCCAGCUUGCCAAGGAAGCCUUCGAUGAUGCCAUCGGCCACCUGGACAAUCUGAACGAGGACUCCUAUAAGGACUCCACGCUCAUCAUGCAGCUCCUGCGGGACAACCUCACCCUGUGGACGAGUGACCAGCAGGACAGCGAAGGAGGAGAUGCCAAUAACUGAGAGAUCAGCUACUACUAGCUGUAGUAGCACCCGUCUAUCCCUUCUACACUGUCUUCUUUGAACCUGUAUCUUAUUUCUCUCUGUCUGCUCCUUCAUUCUUCCUCUCUCUCCUCCAUUCCAUCUUUCCUGUCUCUUUGUGACACCUCAAUGCUCUUCUUUGGUUC